AGUUUGACGUUUCUAGUUGAUUUGCACAUAACCUCGAAAAUGUUAUUGUUGGGUUUUCGCGUCUGAAGAGCUGUAAUGUACCGAAAAUACCGCAGACACUCGCACGGGGAGCCGCCCCCGAAGCGCCGCCGCUCCCGCUCGCCGCCAAAACCCCGAAAAAUCUCGGACUACUCUUCGGAGCUGACCCGAUUUCUGGAAGACCAAGCCAACGUGAAAAACACCCGCGAUUUCUGGAAAUUCCACGACAAGUAUCAAGCAAUUCAGUCGGUUAAAGCCACCGACCGCAGUAAAAUCCUGAAUGUGCAGUUUAGUGACGAUUUUGAGACUCUGUUUGACAGACUUCCAGUGCUUGACCGGAACGGGGAGAGAGUUCGGAUAAGUAGAGACGAUUUCCGGGGUUUUUUAACUGCGGUACGAGUGUAUCAGGAUUUUCAGCAGAAGAGUAAGUUUGCGAAGUUGAAGAAGUUGCGCGGGGCUCAGAAUGAGUUGCCGAUUGCUCAGUAUAAGAGGGAGAUUGUGGAGAGGUUGAAGGAAUGUAGGGUUAUGUUGAUAGCGGGGGAUACGGGGUGUGGGAAAAGUACGCAAGUGCCGCAGUAUGUGUUAGAGGCUGGGUAUAGUAAGAUUGUGUGUACUCAGCCCAGGAGGAUUGCGUGUGUUUCGUUGGCUAAAAGGGUGGCGCAUGAGACUCUAACCGACUAUAAGAGUACCGUAGGGUACCAAAUCCGGUUCGAGAAGAGUAAGCGUGCCGAUACCCAGAUUAUUUUUAUGACGGAGGGGUUAUUGUUGCGACAGGCAGCUGAAGAAGAGACUUUGGGGUCCUAUGAUGUGGUGAUUUUGGAUGAGGUACACGAAAGACACCUCCACUGUGAUUUUCUCGUAGGGAUCAUGAAAUGUAUGCUCUAUAAGAGAAAAGAUUUUAAGUUGAUACUGAUGUCAGCCACUAUUAACCUAGAACUUUUCACUAGUUACUUCUCACGGGAAAAUGUUCAAGUGAUUAAAGUACCCGGGAGGUUGUACCCUAUUGACAUUAACUUCAGACCUAUUAUCAAGGACCCCUAUGAACGUAAACGGGAGAAACUCGAUUGUACCCCCUACCUCCAGAUUAUACAAAUGGUGGACGAGAAAUAUCAACCUCACCAGAAAGGCGAUUUGUUGAUUUUCUUGAACGGCUACAGCGAAAUUUCGACUCUGGCAGACGCAGUAGCCGACUACAGCCAAUUUAAGAAAAACUGGAUCGUGCUACAGCUCCACAGCAGUCUAUCCCUCGAAGAACAAGACAAAGUUUUCGAUUAUCCGCCCGAAGGUGUCCGCAAAUGCAUCAUCAGUACAAAUAUAGCCGAAACGUCGGUCACUAUAGACGGCGUUCGCUUUGUCAUAGACUCAGGAAAAGUCAAUCGUAUGACCUACCACACCAACGGGGGUGUCAACAAACUCUCCGAAACCAAUAUAUCGCAAGACAGCGCUAAACAAAGAUCCGGAAGGGCUGGUCGUACCGGUCCUGGAAUUUGCUACAGACUCUACUCUGAAGAAGACUUCAAAAACUUCGACCCUUUUACUCCCGCUGAAAUCCACUUGGUGCCUCUGGAGUCCCUUCUUCUACACAUGAUCUCCCUAGGGUUGAGCGACUUGAAGCACUUCCCGUUCCUGGAAAAACCCAGCGAGAAGAGCAUUGAAGAAGCCAUCGAGAAACUCAAAUUCACGGGAGCGCUGGAGCUGAAAAGCGACUGUUUGAAUUUGACGCCGCUGGGAGACGCGUUGGGACAGCUCCCGGUUGACCUCACCAUAGGGAAGAUGUUAGUUCUGUCCACGGUUUUCGGCAACGUGAACGCGGUACUAGCGCUUGCGGCCCUUCUUAGUAUACAGAGUCCGCUCACGCAAACGGCGUACCGAAACUCGGAAGCUCAGGAGUUGAGAAAAAGCCUGGAUUCCAAUCACGGUGACCCUAUAUCCCUUCUGAACUACUUUAAAGAGUGGUUAUCGAUAAAACAGAGCUCUGUACCGACGCAUUCAAGACAAAGAGGAGAGUCGUCGAAAGUGUGGGCUAGGAAGAGGUGUUUGGAAGAGCAGAGGUUCUACGAAGCGACUAAAUUGUUAGAACAGUUCAAGGAUAUUCUAGACGAAGCUAACCUUCUCUCGAAGGUGGCCAUGGGGGAGUUGUCUAGUGGCGAACGUGCCAUUAGACACGGCGAGUUAAAACAACUAAAAUCUCUGCGCUAUAACCUAAAGAACGAGAAAAAAGCAGAACGGAAGCAGUUAAAGUACGAGAUAUACAGCGAAGAAAAAGAAGAGGAGGACAAAGCGGACUUGCGGGACGUCGAAUUUCGCAUUUCCAACGACUUCAAGAAGUUGCAGAAGCUAUUGAACGAAACGUCUGCAGAUAGUUACAAGGACCUGAUCAUGCUAAAACUGGUACUCACCAGUGGGUUGUACCCUCAAAUCGCCGUCGAAGACGAGUUCAACUCGUCCAAAACCGUAUCCGAAAGGUUGUACCACACGAAAAACAAAAACUACGUGUUUUUGCGACCGAUGAGUUUCUUUGCUACCAAUCCCGAGAUUCUCGAGUUGCACAAUGACGAUAUUGAGGUACCACCGAGCGGGUACUUCAGCAAGCGACCCAUCAGUAAGAAGCACCAAGUCCUGGUGUACCAAGCGAUUUUGGAAACUAAAAAAGUCUACCUUGUCAACACCAUGCGAAUGCCGGCGCUUCAAACCUUGAUGCUCUUUGGAAAAACGAUUGGGUGUAACACGACUUUGACCAAGUUCGUUUUUGACGAUUUUCUCUUGAUCGACGUGCCGUACUACGGUCAAGGUAAAGCGCUUGUGAUGCGGGCGCUUAAGCUCCGCAGCAAAUGGAAGCGCGAGCUCGAGUCGAAGCUCGACGACCCUUCCAAAGACAUCAACAAGAAAGAAAUCUUCUACUUCAUCGACGAUUUAGUCAGUUUUAUGAACACCGAAGUGAGUUAUAACGUCAAGAGACUGCUACCCGCUGAUUUGAAGCAAAUUUAUAACGAGAAUCCCGGGGGAGUCCCCGAGCACGAGAAAAACCCCUUCCACGAAUCGUUCAAAAUCUCGCCGAAUCCCGAGCUCGGUGGUGUUCACGUUACGGAAAACUUGACUUACGGUUGUUUGCUCCAGGAAGAGUGGGCUUGCGAUAUAGAGGAGCGCGUCGCUUCUACUCCCUUCGUUUGUCAGUUUUGCCAGCAGACGAAGUUGGGGGUUUCCCCGUUUAAGGUUAUCCAGCACGAGUAUUUUUGUCGCCCGAGUGUGGCCAGAGGCGAGGAUGAGGAGGUUAAGGUGGUGGUUAAGCCCAAUUCCAAGGCGUUUCAUUGCGAUCGUUGCGAUAAAGACUUGUGUUUGACGCCUGUCGAUAUUUUGAAGCAUAAGAAGUCGUGUCGUUGAUUGCAGGAGA